AUGAACGCUCACGGGAUCCCCAAGCACCGUCAGCUCCCCGAUAAGGAGGCUAAGCUCUUCAAGGAGGUUCUUACUCAGUACGAGCUUAAGCAGUACAAAAAGGGUAUCAAGGCCGCGGACACUAUUCUGAAAAAGUAUCCGAACCAUGGAGGUGAGCUGCUAUGGGCGCUGACGAUCCACUCGUCCUUGCCCUUCCCUCCGACCGCUUCUUCGGCUGCGAAGGCGGAGGAGGCUGAGGAGAUGGCCCGGCUAGGCGUCAGGAAGGACAUUACGAGCCACAUUACCUGGCAUGUCCUGGGCAUCCUUGCCAAGUCUCGUCGCGACUGGACCGAGGCGAGCAAGGCGUUCGCUAUGGCUCGUAAGCAGGACCCCGACAACAUUCCUGUUCUCCGUGACGCCAUUUCUCUUGCUACGCACACCCGCAACUACCCGCUAGCCAUCGAGACCAGGCACCACUACCUUCUCCUCCGACCGCAGAUCCGCUCGUCAUGGCUCGGCCUCAUGAUUGCUCACGAGCUGCACGGCGACUACGAGGAGGCUCUCGCAGUGUUCGACGACUACAAGAACACUCUGAACAAGGAGGGAGGAACGGCCCCGGAGCGUGCCCAGGUGCUCCUGCACGUCAUCAAGAUGUGCAUUGCUGCCGGCAAGUUCCAGAGCGGUCUCGACCGCCUGGAGAAGGGUGUUGAGGACGGCACGAUCAGUCCGCGCGGAGAGGUAAGCGAGCUGAAGGCUCAGCUCCUCGUCGAGCUCGGAAGGAAGCAGGAGGCUGAGGACGCUUAUCGCGUCCUCCUUGAGCAGAACAGUGACAACCUCAAGUAUUACCGCGGUUUCCUCCGAACACUGGGUUACGACAUUACCAAGCCGUUGGACGCCUCUGCCAUUGAUCACGUUUUGAAGCAGCUCGAUGGUUUCGCGGAGACGUACCCUCGCUCCUCGGCUCCCCGCCGACUGCCCCUGGAUGUUGCUGAGGGAGAGGAGUUCAAGAAGCGUGCCCGCGAGUACAUCGUCCGUGGACUUGAGCGAGGUGUGCCGUCCCUCUUCGUCGACGUCAAGGGUGUCUACAGGGACACCGCCAAGCUGCUCGCUGUCGGCGAGAUUAUGGACGAGAUCAUCUCCAAGCUUGAGUCGGAAACCAGCCUUCACGGUGACGACACCAUUCCUCCUCCCACUACUCUCCUCUGGGCUUACUACUUCAAGGCCCUUCACCUUUCUCAUCCCCUGAACCCCAAGCCGGACUACGCCAAGGCUCUCGACCUCAUCGACGUUGCUCUUAAGCAUACGCCGACGCUGCCUGAGAUCUACAUGGCCAAGGCCAUGAUUCUCAAGCGUGCUGGUGAUGUUCAGGCCGCUGCCGAGGCCAUGGAGGAGGCUCGUCUGCUCGAUGGCCAGGAUCGUUUCCUGAACAGCAAGGCAGCCAAGUACUGGCUCCGUGCCAACAACAUUGAGAAGGCGGAGGAGCUGCUGGCCAUGUUCACCAAGAAGGACGUGACCGCUACCCAGGACCUCACCGACAUGCAGUGCCUCUGGUUCCUGACUGAGGAGGGAGACGCGCACAACCGCAGCGGCAAGCUCGGUAUGGCUCUCAAGCGCUACCAGGCUCUCGUCACCGUGUUCCAGGAGUACGAGGAUGACCAGUACGACUUCCACUCUUACUGCAUGCGCCGCAUGACGUUCUCUGCUUACGUCGAUCUCAUCAAGUACGAGGACACCAUCCGCCAGCACCCUGCGUUCUUCCACUCUGCUUUUGCUGCGAUCGACAUCUACAUCCGCAUUUCUGACGACCCCGACCUCACUGUCGAGCACCUGACGCCUGAGCAGGAGGCCGAGCGCAAGAAGGCGGCCAAGAAGGCGCAGAAGGCUGAACAGAAGGCUCGCAAGGCCGCUGCUGCUUCCGGCGAGAAGAAGGAUGAGGCGCCGCCUCCUGACCAGGACCCGCGGGGCGAGAAGCUGCUGAAGACCGAGACGCCCCUGGAUGACGGACUGAAGCUCUGGGCCCGCCUCCAGCAGAACCACGCCAGCAGGAUAGAGACGUGGCUCGCUGGCUUCGAGCUCCACCUCCGCAAGGAGCAGUACCUUCUUGCUCUCCGGGAUCUGCGUGAGGCGGCCGCCAUUGACAAGAGCGGUGCCGGUCUUCUCCCCGCCCUGGUCGAGUUCCGUGAGGUCAUCAAGAAGGCCAAGCUUGCCGAGUCGGUCAAGAAGGCGAUCGACGAGAUUCUUCCUUCUCUCAUUGGCGAGACUGACGCCGCGGCUCUCGUCAAGGAGUCUCUCGCCGCCCACCCCAACAGCCCCGAGCACAUUGCCGCUGCCGCCAAGGCUCUGAAGGCAUCUGGUGCCCCCGCUACUGAGGUCGAGUCUGUCCUUGAGCAGCUUGCCGGCCCUGGCACUCCCCCCAACCUGACAGUCAUGCGCAAUGCGCUCAACCUCCUUCCUGCCGCUGAGCAACCCAAGCUCAAGGCUGCCUUCCACAAGGCGUACCCGCUUGCGUUCGACUUCGCGACCGACGAAGAGAAGGCCGCCCGGGUAAAGGCGCCCGAGGCAGAGGCCGUAGACGGCAAGGCCGACGUCUAG